AUGUUAGGGGUUGAGAGGUGGAGAGGAAUUAUCAUGGGACGGUGGCGAUUAUUGGAAUCGGGAGUUGAGGAAACGACGGCUAAGAGAUUUAAUAGAAUUAAGGAGAUCAUAAGAGAGGAGGAGGAGGUAGCCAUGAGAGUCGACGGGGUUGGAGAAGGGGAGAGCAGAGAUACAAGCAACUCAAAUUGGCUAGUUCCUACCCAGUUGCGGAGCGACCACAACGUCCAAACUCCUUUGUUCCAAUGCUACAACAGUAGGUACCAAAAAAACAGGUAA